UGAUCACGUGGAUCACGUGGUUGGGUGUAAACUGCGCAUUUGUAUUUGAGACAGUCACAGGAGUAGACUUAACAGGGAUAUUCGUGUCGAGAAAGACGAAAGGAAUACAUUUCCGUAUUCAACAUUUCAUAUGGCCGAUGGAAUGACAUCUCAGUGGGUAUUUAUCUACGUGUUGGAUUUUAUGCUUGUCAUCAACAUUCAUCAUUCGGAAGUAAACCAAAUCGCGUGAUGGCAUCUGUUCACACAAAUGUAUUCACAGACACGGAAACCAAUAACUGGUUCAAGGCAUGCAUAGCAUUGAACGUAACGAAAGAAGGCCUGGCUGAUUUCGUUGAAACCCAAUUGCAGCAGGCCCACAUAUCUGUUGGUAAUGGUUGCGGGAACUGCUGUAUUGAAAAUCUGAUGAGCUGUCCUACUCAAGGUCUAUGCAAAAAGAAAGGGACUGGAUGUACCUUCCACAAAGGAAAACAGCCAAAGCCGUGCCAAAUAUGUAAUCGAGUAUUACAAAGUAUUUCAUUGUUGCACCGAUACCCUAGGCCAUCAUGGCUAAACACAAAAGCGGAAAAGUGGGGUACCGAUCCUUGGGAAAUAGGGAAGUGCUUUCUUCCUCCGGACGGAUAUAGCGGCGUUUCAUCGGUUCAAAACUCUGACUUUAAUGGCCUUAUCAGCGUCAUGUUGAACUGCAAACAUUUUGAGACAUGUCUCGCCACCAGUUUAACACCAAAUCCACCUGACCCACACUGUCCGUUAGAACAGGUUCGACAGAUAGGGCGCGAUGUACGCCACACUGGCGACUGCAAAGUUAUUGAUGCCAAGCUUCACGACUAUUUCCAGCAAUUGAUUAGGCUAUUGAACGAUCCAGCGUGUUUAGUGAAUGAUCCUUCUGCUCAGAAAGCACAUCAAAGGCUAAUUGAUCUUCAGAACGAUAGUAUCCCGCUAACUGAAUUGGGUACAAUGAUGAAAGGCGCCAUCCAAGAUCUCGAACAUGCAAAAGAGGCAACUGAAAAACGAUUUUUGGAUAGAGCAAAGCAAAUUCUGACAGAUGGCUUGAACAAAAUAGCAACCACACUGAGCGAUGCUGAACAAAACAUCAACAGAAUGAUAGGUGACAAAAUAAUCGAUGCUGAAAACAAAAUAUCAGAAAAGAAGAACGACGCCACCGAGGAAAUAAAGAUGAAAUUAAAGGACAGCUUUCAGAAAUUAGAUGAGCAGACACGAAAUCAUAUUCAGCGCAUUCAGCAAGCAGCGACCGAAAAUAAAGCGAAGGAAGACUAUGAAAAUGACAAAGAAGGAUUACUCAUCGACCUUAAGCAGUUUUACGAUGAAAGGUUCAGUCACGUGAAAACAUCAACACUAAGGGAUGACGUUGAUGACAAAUUGAGCGCUAUAUAUAUGCCGCCUGAUGUACGGCGUAUGGUUGUAGAAUACGGAAGGUUCAACAAAACAGACACACGCAUUACUAAAUACAAAGACAUAUUCCCAACAAAUGACAAAUUAAAACAACGUACAUACAUUCAAGGUGAGGCCGGUUGUGGCAAAACAACGUUUUCUUCCAAAUUAUUACUAGACUGGUGCGCGGCAAACGCAUCUGAGUCUGCGUCAUCAGAUGUUUUUUUCGACGAUGCAACAACUUUGCAAAAGUACAAAUUCAUAUUUUACAUCACACUGAGGGAUUCUGUCAGCCUGUGUGACGUUGCAAUUAUGAUAAAAGAGCAACUAAUUGACAAGAUGUACGCUUUUGAGGAGGAUCGUAAAAAGACAUACACGCUUCUUAAUCGGAUUAUGAAAGAUGAAACAUGUCUGCUUGUCCUGGAUGGGCUAGACGAGUGGCUGGAUCCUAAAGGUACCAACCCUUUACCGACCAUCGCUACAUGUUAUCGCAAGUGUUCUCUGCUAAUCACAACUCGUCCAUGGAAAUUGGCUGGGGCUGCAAUUACUAAUUCUCAGAUCGACACUUUGCUGAAACUAGAAGGCAUAAAUGAGCCUUUUAAGGUGUGUGAACGUGUCCUUGAGCGAUAUAAUGAUUCUAAGGCAAGUAAGGAGUCGUACAAAAAACUGAAUGACUUCAAAACGUACAUAGCGGACAAUCACCUACUGCAGUUACUGUCCUUCCCAAUGAUGUUGCCUCUGAUUGUAUCAUCGUGGGCACAAGGGACAGAACUAAAAGGUUCCAAGUGUCAAAUAUACACUAUUCUAGUAGAAUGUCUUGUUAAAAAGGCAAACAGUCAUACGAAGCAGUUUCAACAAUCACCUGUUCAAUGUUUUAAAGAUACACAGUACAUACAACCCAAUAUUGAACACUUGAAAUGUCUUGCUGAAGCGGCAUUUUAUUUCCUGUUUUCACAACAAAGUGAAAAGUCACUGGUUUUCAGCUCUCAAGAAUUGGAACAAUAUAUCUCAGACCAAACGAAGGAAUUUGCAUUGAAAGCCGGAAUUCUAUCGGUAACAAAAGGUCCAGUUGCUUUAAGGCCAUCAUCAACGUUUACAUUCAUCCAUAAAAGCGUACAGGAAUUCUUUGCUGCACUUCAUAUCGCUAACAAAAACACACACGUUAUUGACGACGUCAUUUCCAGAUAUAUUGCAUCUCGCCAGAAUGCCUAUCUGGACAUGUCCGAAGUGUUCAUAUUUGAAUGCGGUCUAAACAUUUCGGAAGCAUUUAAACUGUCUCGAUUGCUGGAUGAGCGGUACUCUGAAUGUUACUUCAACACAUUGGUCAAUAAGAUGAAAAUACAAGGAAUGUUCCAAGAUUCCCCGUUUCAACGCCUUCUCAAUUCAGGAUAUAAAGAGGCUGCGGCCAAUAACACCAAAGAUCUACCUUUAUAUCUCAGUAACUUCAAUUUUGCUCAAGGUGAUGAUGUAAAUAUUUUGCUGCGAAUCUUUAAAUGUAACGUGCCUAAUAUCAGGUCGUUAAUUUUUCCCUAUCCGAUUCCUAGUCAGAUCUUGAAUAUUCAUUUAAAUGCCUCGCCUUCUAGUUCGUGUCAAGCACUGGACUUUUCAGAGUGUUACAAUCUGGAACUAUUGGAACUAGAUGUAUUCGUGCCAAAACUAUCAAAUAUUCUUAGAAAUCUUAAGAAGCUGAAACAUCUACGCAUAUCCUGCGCCUUUAAAGAUUUAGACUUGCAAUCGUUUGAACACCUUGAGUCGCUAUAUAUCGAAGAACAGACGUCUUGCGGUUCUGUUAUCCUUAAUAAGACCUUGAAAGAAAUUCGCAUUAGAGGUCCAAUAAAUGGAAUUGAUUUGCUUCCGUGUGAGCAUUUAAAUGUAAUAUAUGUCGACAGGCAAGGAACACUUGUACCCAAUUCCCAAGUUCGAAGUAAACAUGUGAAACGUAUAACAAUUCAUGGACGCUGUGACGGACUCGAUUUGUCAUUGUGUGAACAUCUAGAAUCUAUAAACCUUGGCGAUCAAGUAACAAUUGCAACAGCAUCAGUUAUUAACUAUACACAUCUAAAACAAUUGAAAUUGAAAUGCAAAUACGAUGGUUUAGACUUGUCAUUGCUUGAGCAUGUGGAGUCGUUUGAAAUCGGUAAACAAGUAAGAAUGCUACGAAAACCAUUAUCUAAGCGUAAUGCAAUCAAGCGUAUUCAAUUACAUAAGUUCGAUUUUACCUGUUUAGAAACAUCUGACAUUCUGCUUAUGCUGCUUCUAAAAGAUGGAGAUUCCAACCAGUGUGGUGACAUUUUUCCAGUACUAUCUCGUUUGCAAACCAUCACUUUGUGCGGUGUAAAGUUUUCAACUUCAGGAAUACGCCCCUUGUUUAAAACUCUCCUGACACUCGGUCAUUCGGUGAAGUGUUCACUUCGGAAGUGUGACAUAAACGGCAGACAAGUAUCUGCAAACAUUGUAACGGAUUUAAACAAUAUGUUUGCAAUACGCGACAUAAAUCGUCGGAAUCUCUGUCUUUUGGAUGCUCUGCAUGGUCUAAACAUCAAAACAUUGCAUCUGGGUGGAACCGAGAUCGACUUCGGCAAAAAUCCAAAUCUGAUAGUGUCGCACUCACUAUCAUCUCUAACAGAGCUGAAAACACUUAAAUUAAAUGUGAAUUAUGAUUAUGACAGUGGUCUGUGGACGGCUCUGGAUAGUCUUAUUAUUAAUAAUCUGAGUUUGAGUCUGAGUGAUUCUAAAUUCACAGAAUUUGAAGAUUUGACAGAAACUGUGGGACAUGCGUCGUCGUUGUCACAGUCACUAGCCUCGCUUACACAACUCAUAACACUUCGAGUUCUAGUGAAAACAAAUAACGACUGUCCCGGUCUGUGGCGGGCUUUGAACGGUCUGAAUAUAAUUGAUCUUAGUCUUGAUAUACGGAAUCUUGAAAUUAAUGUCGCUUCCUCAUUGUCGCAGUCACUGUCUUCACUCAGACAUCUGGAAAGUCUUAGAAUGCAAGUAGGUUGUUACACUGACUAUGCCGAUCUGUGGGAGUGUUUGGACGGUCUUAACAUAAAGACUCUUAGUCGGGAUGUGCGAACGUUUGACAUGAUAUGUGCGACCUCGUUGUCGCAGUCGCUGUCUUUACUCACAGCGCUGGAAAAGAUUAAAAUUCAAGUGGGUGUUGAAACUGACUUUCAAGGUUUGUGGGAGGCACUUGACGAUGCGCAUAUCACUAAUCUCAGUCUAGAUAUAAGGUGUAUGGAAAACAAUCCUCUGUCGUCGAUGUCGAAGUCACUAUCUUCACUCACAAACAUGGAAACGCUUAGAAUUAUGAUUAGUGUCACUUCUGCAUGCUCCGAUCUGUGGGAGGCUCUACACGGUCUGAAUAUCAAGACUUUGAUUCUGAAUGUGCGAGAUUCCACAAGAAUUUGUGCGUCGUCAUUGUCGCAGUUACUACUAUCACUCACCAAUCUGAAAACCCUGAAAAUACACUUGCGAUCAGAGAUCGAUCUACAGCUUCCUCAGUCUUUGUCGUAUUUGUACUGGCACUGCGAAAAACUGUCCCCAUGCGAAUUUCUCACCCUUAUGACCCAACUUGCCGGAUUUGGCCAUCCUGUGAAAUGUAAACUAACAUUUGGUUGUAGUAAUUUUGAAAAUGACUCUCAAUUUGAAUACCCGCUGGAACAAUACUUACAAAUUCUAGAAGAGCCAGAGGCGAAGACAUUUGUUAAAACAGUUAAAACUUGCGAACGUUUAGGACAACAUGUUGUGUUUGUUAUUGUUAAUGAUAGUGUUGAUGUUGUUGAAUUUUAUAACUUUGCUUAUGAUGAUUAUGAUAAUGAUGUAGAUGAAAAAGAAGAUGAUGGUGAUGAUUACGAUUUUGAUGAUGAUGAUGAUUAUGAUGACACUUAUGAUAGUGAUUAUGAUUAUGAGGAGGAGGGUAGUUCUGAUUUUAAUGAUAUUGAUAAUUUCUAUGGUAGUAGUGAUGAUAAUGAAAAUGAUGAUAUUGAUUAUAAUGAUGAUAAUGAUGAGGAAGAGGUGAAGAAGGAAGAAGAGUGGGAAGAGGAGGAGGAGGAUACUGAUUAUUUGAAUGAUAAUUCUACUUCUAGUUAAGUUUGUUGAUUGCUUGCUGGGGUUGGCAACUCAUUCAAAGACAUUCGAUAGAUUUGUUUUAUCCAGUAAACAUAUCCGUUGUAAAACUAAACAUAUUAGCGUAUGGUCAAAUAGUUCCAAUCGGGUAAAACCAAGUUCGCGUCGUUAUUGUGGUUAUUAUGCUUUGUCGAUUCAGAAUUGAAAUGAAUCCCGCAUUUUUGUUGAGUAGACACUAAAAGAAGAAAGGCAAAUAAGCUAUGAAAGAUGAUCGAACCGGAACUUAAACUGACAUUAUUCGUAUGAGCCCUUGGUAGGGAAUGUUCUAAACUGUUAUUCGCUUUUAAGUUAAUAUCCUAUUUAAUCAAAUAUAAUAUCUGGCAGCAACAAAACACAUAAUCAGACAAUAUCAUUCUAUUGAUCAUGGCGAAAUAACUCACUAAAUAUUUACUAACGAAACGACAUAACGAUAUGCGCGGGUCCACGUUAUAGCGAUGACGCAUUUAGAGUUUCAUCAAAUUCGCGUUCGUUAUUGUCUGAGAUCUCGCACCUCUCAAAGGAAAUGAAUAUAAUGGCAAAUGUUUGACAAUAUUAGACAUAUGGUUUAAAUUUCUACAAAAA